AUGUCAAAACUUUAUAAUGCACCAAACGCGUUUUUAAUAUUUAGAGCAUCCAUCACAGCAUGUAUAAAAGCGCUAAAGCUUCCUAGUGGUGGUGCUAAGCAAAUUUCUGACCUUGCAAGCCAAGGCUGGAAAGUACUGCCGGAUCAUCACAAAGAAGCCUACAAGAAAAUUUCAUCCGUAUUAAAAGCGUUUCAUUCGACUAAUGUUCGGUUUGAAGAUUUUCGCGAAGAAGAAUAUCAAGACGAAUCCAACCAAAAUUCUAAUAAUCAGGUUUUAGGUUAUCUCGUGUUGGAAUAUCGUCAAGACGAAACCAACCAAAAUAAUAAUAAUAAUUUUUUCUUGUUGGAAUAUCGUCAAAACGAAAUCAACCAAAAUCAUAAUAAUGAUUUUGUCUCGGAGGAAUAUCAUCAAGGCGAAACCAACCAAAAUCAUAAUAAUGAUUUUUUCUCGGAGGGAUAUCAUCAAGGCGAAACCAAUAAUAAUC